CAUGGCUGUUAGCACUAUAACUACGAGUUCCCCGUGGCCCACCAGAUUCUUUAAUCCAGGCGGAAUAAAGGUGCCUUGAAGAUCUCAUGCCUUGGACACAGUGACCCGGUCGAGUAGUCAAGAGAAAACUCAUUCUCUUCGCGUUCGCACACGCAGAACACCGCAGCACAACACACAGAAACAUGGCUACCACAGCGGCAACAAACACUCGCUACCUCGUGCGUUCUCAGGGCUCGCCCUUGACAGCGUCGACAAACCCCGCCCCAACCACCGCAGACCUCAAGCCCACAGAAGUCCUCGUCCGCCUCCGGGCAGUGGCAGUCAACCCUGCCGACUACAAGAUGAUCGACUCCGGGCACCGCGUGCAAUCCUGGCCCCUGGUCGCAGGCCUGGACGGGGCUGGGGAGGUCGCUGCCGUUGGAGAGCAGGUGUCUCGUUUCCGAGUCGGAGACGGUGUAUUGGCGGCUUUUGCGACGGGCGAGCGGAGCGGGUCGUUCCAGGACUUCGCGGUCGUCGAGGAGCGGAUGGUCGCGAAGAAGCCAGAGUUGUGGAGUUUCGAGGAGGCUGCGAGCGUCGUGGUGUGCUACAUCACCGCUCUGGUUGGACUUGUCAAAGGACUCGGCCUUCGUCCGCCUUUCUUACCUUCACAGGACACAACAAGUUCACCAAUCAAGUCAGUCCUCGUGCUAGGUGGGAGUUCCGCGGUAGGUGCUGCAGCAAUCCAGCUGCUUCGCCUGUCCUUGCCACCAGAAGCCACUAUCCUGGCGACAAGUUCACCACGACACCACCGCCAUCUUGAGGAAUACCUGGGCGCGAGCAAGGCUGUGGACCGCAGCUCAAAGUCCCUGGUGCAGGAUGUCCAGCAGCUCACGCCGGACGGGCACGGAGUCGACGCCAUUGUAGACGCCGUCGGUGCUGGAGCAGGCAGCGACGGGAUAUUCGAUGUGCUAAGAACAGACGGGCUACAAAGAUACGCGCAGGUUUGGACAGGUGAUGAGGAGGUUUCUGUCCUUAGUCGGGUCGACUCGGUCUUGUUCCGCAGUCGAGACCUGCCGAGCAUCGAUGGUCAUGAGGAAGUGCUGCGUGCACUGGAGAAGUUGUUGGAGGAGGGCAAGUACAAAUUGCCGUUACCGGUAAAAGUUGUCGAUGGACGCGGCUUGGCUGCAUUUGAAUCUGGACUAGGCCUGGUGCGCAAUGGUGUCAGUGGUGAGAAGGUUGUUGUUCGACUCUAGAACAACGUCUCUGCUUCGCUGCUUCUGGGCAAAAGACCUCCACUUCCAGCGGAGUCGGGCAUUCACUUGGGGCCAAAGGACGCCGUACCGUACAAUCACAGAUGGGAACAGACACGGCAAGAAUGCAUAAGCUACGAAUACAAUGUUCCAC